GUGUGGGCGAGGUGGCAGGCGAAGGAUAGGGAGAGGGAGGGAGGGCAAUGGGUGGGGGAGACAGUGAAGGUCGCGCCGGGGACGUACCAAGCGACGGCGGAGCGGCCGACGGAGCAGCAGCAGCAGGAGAAGGUGAUGGACGUGGUCGAGCAGUCUGACGAGCAUGCUCAGCCGGAGGCGUCUCUCGAUCAACAACCGCCCGCGCAGCCGACGCAGACAGAAGAGACGGUCCCCAUCGCGCCUGGCGUGUACGAGGCCGUCACGGAGCUGCCGUCCGCCGAGCAGCAAGACGAGAAGCGGAUGGACAUCGAGCGGGACCCCGAUCAGGAUGCGCUGCCCGAGGCGCACCUCGCCCUGGACGAGACUCCCGCGCAGACGGAGGAGACGGUGCCGGUAAUCCCCGGUGUGUACGAAGCGAAGGCGGACCCGCCGACGGACGCGCAGCGGGAGGAGAAACGGAGGGACGUCGAGCGGAACCCGGACCUGCACGCGGGCGCGGAGGCGAGCCUCGACAUCGUCCCGCACGUGGAGCCCUUGCAUGCGGAGGAGUCGGUCAUGCUCGUGCCCGCCGAGUGCAGUAGCGCGGGGGAGUCGUCGGGCUCGGGAGACGAGGGCGGACGGAUCGACGUCGACCGGGUGCGCGCGGAGGAGAGCGGCAACAGUAUGCUGGUCGAGCUGAGUGAGUCCGCCCCGUCGAUGUCCUCCGUGGCGGACGACGCGCUUGCUGAGCCGAUGGAGUUGGAUGCUGACGCGCUGGGUGUCGUAGAGAGUGCGCCAACGCCGGAGGUCGAGAUCCCUGACGCGGAGCCGGAGAACGAGGGCGGGUACGAGAGCGAUAACGAGGACAUUGGUGUGGGGAAGGAGAGCCUGGGUGUGCCGGGCGAAGUUGAGUCGCCGCCAACGCCAGAGGUCGACAUCAAAGACGCAGAUGAGGAGGACAAGGAGGCUAUCUCAGCCUACACCCGCCCCCCGGUGCACAUUCAUCCACAGUUCUCUGCCGUCGUCGAGCAGCCACCGACACCUACGUCGCCGCCUGCUGAACACCUGGAACCCGAGGUCGCGCAUAUCGAGCGGCGCCUCACGACGGAGGGCGAGCCUUCGAUGCCGGUUGCUGGCCUUCACAACCGCCCCGCGACUCCGACGCUCAGCCCGUCGCGCGGCGAUGCGGAGAGCGAGGAGGAGGGCCCGGGGACGCCGCCGAUGGACCCCGCGCCGCAUAUCCUUGUGACGCCAGCGGAGGAACACCAGGGCGCGCGGGGCGAGCUCCGGCUGAAGGAGGAAGAGUCGCGUCCGGAGAUUGGGCAGAAGGUGGACGCUGAGGCGGCGCUUGAGUUGAGGAUGGCGAGGGAGCGGGAGCUGUUCUGAUUUGUAUCAAUGGACUGGGCGGGUGUCUUGACUCCUGUUCUGUUGUUGACAUCAUUUGUACAGUAGCAUCGUGAAGUAUUGACAGAACGCAGUUUUGUGUGUAAUUACCGAUUGCCUUGCCUCAUGCCAGCGUAUGUCGUCGCGUCGGCCGUCGCCCGCAUGCCCGCAAUCAAACCGACGGUGCGCAAUCAAACGAUCAUGC